AAGUGUUCCCAAGCGGCAUCCACGCAUCAGCGACUGCAUUCGAUUGUAAUCGAUCGUACCGUACUGCGUUUUUCCUCGCGUUCACGAUCACGGUUUAAGAUGCACCGGUGAGGACGCACCGGGAACCAGUUCGCAUCAAUCUGCACCAUCCGUGGGUUCGUUGGUGAUUUUUUUGUUGUUGUUGCUUGGUGCAUAAACGAUUCCGGCUCGCUUAAAUCUUUACCCGGUACAAUUUAAUUCAGAGCGAUUUGGGCUUUAUUUGCCUUCGAGUGUGCUGCGUUUUUUGUUGUGUUUCCCGUCGUCGAAUUUUCCAGCCAGCCAAACAAUAAUGUCGGACACAAUGUCGGAUGCGGGCGAAAGUACGGGAUCGGGCUCAGGAAAGCAGGAGCUGAGCAAAGACCAGUUGAAAGUGUUGCGUGAUGCGUUUAAUGCAUUUGAUAAGGAGAAAACGGGCAGCAUUUCAACGGACGUGGUCGGUACCAUUCUGGAGCUGCUCGGUCACAAACUGUCGGAGGAAGAGCUUGAAGAGGUGAUCGAAGAGUACGACGAGGAUGAGUCGGGUCAGCUGGAGUUUGAUGAGUUUGUGGCGCUUGCCUCGAACUAUGUCGAGCCAGAGGAGGAUUACGAUGCACUGCGAAAGGAAUUGCGCGAAGUGUUCAUGAUGUACGACAAGGAUGCCAAGGGAUACCUUCCCGUUGAAGAAUUCAAAGCUAUCCUCCGAGAACUGGAUGGUGCCGUACCAGAGGAAGAAUUGGACGACAUUGUGGACGAAAUUGAUGCUGAUGGAUCUGGCACAGUAGACUUUGAGGAGUUUAUGGAAGUAAUGACAGCUGACUACUACGCGUAAACACUAGAUGCACAGCUUGCAUAUGGGAUCCACGUGGCUGCACACAAAACCCGGUACGGAUGACGCACACCCUAUCCACGUGCCGGCAGCAUGAGGAAGAUUCUGCACCGCUUGAGUACUUUCGCAAACAAUCACCCACCAUUUUUAGAUGAUGUGCAGAUGUGCAUUGUGGAGUCCCGCACGCUUCAAGACGCUUGUCAAGAUAGAAGCAACAGCACCAGUACAUAGAUGAUAUAAAACAAAAAGACUAGAUAAUUAGAAAAACAAACUAUGUGAGAGAGAGAGAAAUAGACUUGAGGAGUGGUCUCGUACUUCCCGGUGCCACAUAUCUGUGAAUUCAUCAUUCGGCACCGGAUAGACGAGGACUCAGCCACUAUGUUUCAUGUUCACUCGCAAAACCGUACCAUACACCUGUUUUCCCGACCAUCCGUCUCCGUGCCAUGGAGGACUUUGUACUGUAACUGAACUGAAAAUAAAUAUUUCAUGCUUUUA